ACAAUGGAAUUGUUUACAUCAACACCGGGAUUUUGUCCAUCAUGUGGCUCCAUUUUUCCACCAUUGGACAGUAGUAAAGAUGUGACAUGUUACAAUUGUAAACAGACAUAUAAACCAGACGUAUUUGGUGACCAGGUUGUUGAAUAUACUAUACACUUCAACAACUAUGAUCCUGAUAAAUUGGUAAAAACAAAAGAAGAGGAAAGUUCAUCAGCUGAGGGACCUGUUGUGGAGAGAAAAUGUUCCAAAUGCGGUCAUGAUAAAAUGUCGUAUGCCACACUACAGCUACGAUCUGCCGAUGAAGGACAGACGGUAUUUUUUACCUGUCUCAAAUGCAAAUUUAAGGAAUCGGAAAAUUCAUAAUGGAUUAUUACUGCUAUUAGAU